UCGUUUGUUAAGUGUUGUGUUCGUGUGUAUUUAAUCAUGUAAACAUACUAUAUAUUUGGGUGGUAUAUGUUCGUUCGUGAGUCUUCCAUGUUAUAUAAACAUAAUUUCCUCAAAUAUCUAAAAUUUGUUGAACAUUUCGAUUAAGCGCAAAAAAUAAGAUACAUUUUUACAUGUUUAGACAAUUGUUUAUGAAGUGAUGAAAUCUCUUAGAAGUUGUAGAAGAACAUCCAAAACCAAAAACAAAAACAAAAACAAAAAAACUACUUAUAACAUAAUUUCAUCAUAUACUUAAUAAUACAAAAACACAAUAGUGUAUACCAAGUAUAAUUCGCAAAUCAUAAGGUUUGUUCUGGAGGUAUAGCCUCCGAUUUAUAUAUCCAAAUGAAAAUGGUUGAUAAAUCAUCGAAGUUGGAAAAAUUUGCCGCCAAUAUGAAUACAACUGGCGCCGGUGGUAUAACCGGCGUUGGCGGUUCAACUGCGGUGCAAAGUGGAAGUAUUACUAAUAUGGGUGCCGGCAGUGGGAGUGGUCAUCACCAAAAUGGACAAAAACCUGUGCCAAUGAAAUUAUUUGCUGCCUGGGAAGUCGAUCGUACACCACCUAAUUGUAUACCAAGGCUUUGCUCACUGACAAUAACUCGUCUAUCGAUAUUGACACCAUUGCCUGGAGAUAUGACAUCCUUGUCCUUAGCGGUGAAAAUGCAAAGUUCCAAGCGCACGUUACGUUCACAUGAGAUACCAAUAAGUGGCAGUAGCUUGUUGCAGUCAACCUCUACGACUUCUACAGGUAUCAACUCAUUGCAACAGAGUAAUUCAGCAACAAUGGCAGGCAAUGUUGUUAGCAAUAUGGGUACCUUAAUGCCCGGUACGCCCGGCAACAUUGGUAGUGCUGGCAUAGGUACCGGUAUAGCAGGUGUUGGUGUUGGAACUGCUGCUAAUGUACCACUCUCAGAAACUGAAUUAGAUUUACACUUCAGUUUGCAGUAUCCACAUUUUAUUAAGAGAGAUGGAAAUAGCCUACGUUAUGGUUACAAUUUGCCUUUCUUCCGCACUCAUUCACACAGACUGGUGAUUUUACUGCAACGCCGCAAAAAAUAUAAAUCUCGCACCAUCUUAGGAUACAAAACGUUAGCUGAGGGUAUUAUACGUAUGGAUGCUGUAUUGCAAAAAUCGAUGGAUAUGACUGUGGAAUUAAUAGCUUCCGGAAAAAAUGGUCGUCCUGGUACCACAGUAGCCUGUUUGCGCGCUGAACGCGUUUCGUCCAUUCCAGUUGAUCAUGACAAUAAAAAUAAUAAUAGUGUAAUGCUGGCAGAUCGCGUCGCUGAAUAUUCUGACGAGGACGAAGAAGGAGAAUUCAGUUCAGGUGAAUUUAACGACGAGACCAAUGAACUUGGUUUACCGGGUUACGAACAGAAACGUGAUUAUAAUCCGGCUAAGCAUGAUAUGCGAAAAUAUCGUAAACUGCAACGCUCUGAAGUAGAAGAAGUUAAUUUAGGCACAAAUCCAGUUGAUAGUGAUAGUGAAUUCGAAAUGAAGGAUAAAAACUCAUCACGUGCAAAAAUAAGCAGGAAUGAAUAUAUACGAAAAGUCGAAAGAAUUUGCAGAAUUAGAUUCAUGAUGGGAAGGAAAACUCUUCAAACAAUUUCCCUGCAACAACGUAAUUUUAAACAAAAAAUUGUCGCCUUGCUGAAACGCUUUAAGGCUUCUGAGGAAUUGGAGGGUGAUGUGAAUCGCGGUACAGCUGCUUUACGAGGCGAACGUGAUUUGGAUGCAUUAUUUCAAGAGUUGGAAUCGUUGUCAUGUUGUGAGGGUGAUGAUUCAGGUCCUGAUAUGGACACAUUAUCAAUUGGCUCCACACCGAAACCUUCGCUGCGUCCAUUUUUCACUAAUUCACGUAUAAUGUUGCACGACAAUGGCGGUACUGGCAACUUUGAACGCAGAUCAUCGGAUAAAAGCGACCAAUUGACCAAUUCGUCUUACAAUAUUGAAAAUAACAAACAAAAAUGCAUUCAUUUAACAAACAAUAAUAAUUCGGCAACAACACCAGAUCGUGGUAUAGAAUAUCGCAACGAUAGUUCUGGAAAUGAAGGUAACACAUUUAAUAUAGAUGGCCAAUUCUCCGACUCGCAAAAUAGUCCUCCACGUACUGAAAAAGAUUAUAUACGCUUACAACAGCAGCAAUCACACCAAGUAACACCCAAUAAUUCCAAUUUCAGUGUUAGUAGUGCAGUAAUAACACAACCGCCCAGUGAAAAACGCUCUCGUCUAUUUCGCACUUCAAGUAAUACGCCCAGUGGUACCAGUGGGGGUAAAAAGAAACAGACUCUUAGUUUAAGCGCAGAACCGCGCUCAGUAUUAGAGACAUGCCUGUCUCCAACUAAUGUAGAACCGCGUAAAAUGCUUUUAGAUCAGAUAAGUAAGGAAUUCUCCAGUGAAGAUGCUGUCAUACCUGAUGUGGUCACGAUUAUAACUCCACCAGAGGCAUUAAGUGGUAGCAGUUUUAUACCAAAGCUUACAACGAUUUUUGCAAAUUCAUUUAAACCAUCGUUUGUACCUCAAAAUACAGCGGAGGUGAAAGCAGUACUACAGGCGCUUAUGGUGAAAAUCCAGAAAUAUUGUAAUUCCAAUGCAAAACCACCAAAUACAGUAAAAAUAUUGCUUAUUGGCGGUGAUUGGCUGCAAGGUGCUGCACUGCGGCAUUACGUUGAGCUGAUGGGCGUGAGACCACCAGAUUGGCUCAAUCAUUUACGUUUUUACAUUGUGCCGAUUGGUAGCAGUGCUAUUGCAAGAUAUCUAAGUCAAAUGGAUCAAGCAUAUGGUUCCAUGUUCGGCACUGAAAAUUGGUAUCAAUUGUGUGAACGUGUGGCUGUUACAGCCGCUGCUGUUAGUGCAGUGACAACGGUCAAUGCAACCGCACUCACGUCUUCGCUCGCUGAUAAUGCUAAUGCAAAUAAGUUCAAUAUAGUGGAUUUAUUGAUACGUAUACAAAAAUAUUUACAAGCGGCCGGACCCUGUGCUCAAAUACCAAUUGCGGAAGCUAUGGUCAAUUAUAAAGAUGAAGAUUCUUGCCAGAUUUUUGUGCCAUUCAUUUCGGAUGUGCGCAUUGGGUACCUAGAAGGUCCACAAGCUUCACUUGAUCUCGAAGAAAGUAUGACUCAAUCUACAACGAGUGUAGCACAACAAACAAGUGCUACCAGUGCAAUUCCAAUUGGAAAUUCUGCUUCCACAACUAUGAUUGGUGGUGGUAAUAUUAUGAGUGGAAAUGGUUCUCCACCGCAAAGUGGACGUAUUACACCACCAAAUCAAACACCACCAUCAUCAGCAACAUCACAACGUGAACGUAUAGGUGAUAACUUUGGUACACCACAACAGAUUAAUGUUGUACAAGUUGAACCAGUAGAGCUGCAAGUUGACUACUGGCCGAUUCUAAGACAUAGUGAUCAUUCUAUUAAGGAUAAGAGUGUCACGCGAAGUGGUGAUCAGGGUGGCAAAAAUAGCAUUAAGAGUACAUUUAGAAAUCUACAGGUAUGGCGUUUGCCGCAAAAUGCUCAAAUUGGUGAAAUGUCUAGUGGAUUGACUGUUAGUUUUGCGACUAAGGAAAAGAAACAAAAGCAAAUUAUGCGUUUGGGCAAGAAAAAGGAAAAAGAUCGUGAUCUCGAAAAGGAACAAUGUGUAGAAGGUGUUGCACGUUUAAUAUGUUCUCCAAAACAAUCUCAUCCAGUACCAUUAAAAGUAUAUAUCGAUGGCACAGAAUGGACUGGUGUUAAAUUCUUCCAACUAUCAUCUCAUUGGCAGACGCACGUUAAAAAUUUCCCAAUUGCCCUAAUUGGACAUUUGCAAUUUCCUUGCGCUGAAAUAUCCUAGUCAUUUUAAUUUAGUUUUAAAAUCAAUAUGAAAAAGGGAAAAAUACAUCACAAAAAAAAAGAACAAAAAACAAAAAA